AUGAACUCCCUGGAUGAAUAUUGCCAAAAAUUGAAAGAUCUUGCAGAUCAACUGACGGACGUUGAAAACCCAGUCAGUGAAAAACGACUAGUUCUUCAGAUGGUCCGUGGCCUCCCACCAGAAUACGACACUGCUGCCGCCUUCAUUAACCAAACAUUGCCUGACUGGGACACCGCUCACAACAUGCUUCAACUUGAGCACAACCGACAGCAAGCUCGAGAAAGCCAAUCUGUCACCGGUCUCGCCGCCACAGUAACCGAGGCCAACACGGUUUCUGAUCAGCCAUCUCGUCCGCCGCCUCGCCCCUCUCGUGGCCCUCCAUCUAAUCGACAACAGCAACGCGGCCCUAACCGUCGGGAACACCCUCAUCCCGGUAAUCAAUCUCAGCCUCGAGCAAUCGCCUCAAGCUCUUCUGUCCCUGCUGGUCAAUACACCCACCCACCUUGGUGGGCUAUGAUGCCACCCCCGUGCCCUUAUCCCACUCAACAGGGUUGGGCGUACCCCUAG